CGAGAGACUCGGUCUCGAAGGAGCGGUUUUAUGCGGCCCGACGUUCGAGGCAGUGCGGCUUCUCGGUGGCUUUACAAGUAGCGGCAGGAGAUAGAAGAGGGAGCAGAACGGCGAGGAACGGCGCACGGAGUUGCAGAUCUUCUUUUCUUUCGAUAUUGAAGACAGACAAGAUGGAUCCUCAGGUUAAGCCUGACCCUGAUAACAUCGAAAAUUUGCCACCGCCUCCUUCCAUUCCUCCUAAUGUUAACCCCAUGAAGGCCACAAAACCUAAAAGGACUCCAAUGGCUAGACCGGGCAUUGGAAAAAAGGGCAAUGCUGUGCAGCUUUUGACAAAUCAUUUUAAAGUUUCUCUCAGAAACGUGGAUGAUUAUUUUUACCACUACAGUGUGGCACUGAAAUAUGAGGAUGAUCGUCCUGUGGAUGGGAAGGGUGUUGGAAGGAAAGUUAUUGACAAACUGCACCAGACAUAUGACACUGAGCUAGGAAAAAAGGAUUUUGCAUAUGAUGGUGAGAAGUCUCUAUUCACCCUGGGUGCCCUUCCUCAAGUCAACAACGAAUUCACUGUGGUGCUUGAGGACCUGUCCUCAAACAGAAUUCCUGGCAAUGGAAAUGCUGGAAAUAAUAGUCCAGGUGAAAGCGAUCACAAACGUGCCAGACGUCCGAAGCAUACUAAAACCUUCAAGGUUUUGUUGAGUUUUGCAGCUAAAAUACCUAUGAAAUCCAUUGCUGCAGCCUUGAAAGGCAAUGAAACCGAGAACUCUCAGGAGGCAUUAAGGGUUCUUGAUAUUAUUCUGCGACAGCAUGCUUCAAAACAGGGAUGCCUUCUUGUGAGACAAUCAUUUUUUCACAACAAUCCUAAAAGUUUUACUGACAUUGGUGGUGGAGUCAUGGGAUGCAGAGGUUUUCAUUCAAGUUUCAGAACUUCACAAGGAGGACUUUCUUUGAAUAUUGAUGUCUCUACUACUAUGAUUGUGAGGCCUGGCGCAGUGGUUGAUUUUCUACUUGCAAAUCAAAAUGUCAAGAAUCCAAAUCAACUGGACUGGAACAAGGCUAGAAGAACUUUGAAAAAUUUGAGAGUGAAGACAACUCAUACAAAUCAAGAAUUUAAAAUCAUUGGGAUAAGUGACAAGCCUUGCAAAGAUGAAAUAUUCACUCUAAAGCUGAGAAAUGGAAAUGAUGGAAAUGGAAAUUCAGAUACAGUUGAAGUAACUGUUUAUGAUUAUUUUGUGAGACAUCGGAGAAUGCAAUUGAGUUACUCUGCUGAUUUUCCUUGCUUAAAUGUUGGAAAACCAAAAAGACCAACAUAUGUGCCCCUUGAGCUCUGUUCCUUGGUUUCACUGCAAAGAUAUACCAAAUCACUGUCAACAUUUCAACGAGCUGCCCUCGUGGAAAAGUCAAGGCAGAAGCCUCAAGAACGAAUGAGUGUCCUCAGCGAGGCUUUGAGGAACAACAAUUAUGAUGCUGACCCACUGCUACGUGCAUCUGGUGUUAGCAUUGCCACCAAUUUUACUCAAGUAGAAGGCAGAGUAUUGCAGCCUCCUCGGCUCAAAGUUGGCAAUGGAGAGGACUUUAUGCCAUCAAGGGGGAGAUGGAAUUUUAACCAAAAGAAAUUGAUUGAGCCAUCUCAAGUCAACCGUUGGGCUGUUGUUAAUUUCUCUGCUCGAUGUGAUAUCUCAAGCCUCAUACGUGACAUGCUCAAAUGUGCAAAUAUGAAGGGCAUUUCAAUGGAAGAACCUUUUCAGCAUUUUUUUGAGGAAAGUCCUUCGAUGAGAAGGGCUCCACCUGUUGCCAGAGUGGAGGACAUGUUCCAGCAAGUUAAGCAGAACUUACCUGGUGCUCCAAAGUUUCUUCUAUGCAUUUUAGCUGAGAGGAAGAAUUCAGAUAUUUAUGGUCCUUGGAAGCGCAAGUGUCUAGCUGAAUUUGGAAUUGUUUCUCAAUGUAUCGCCCCUACAAGAGUCAAUGAUCAGUACCUUACCAAUGUGCUCCUUAAAAUCAAUGCAAAGAUGGGUGGUAUAAACUCUUAUUUGUCAAUUGAAAGAUCAUCAAAUAUUCCUCUAGUCUCAGAUACACCAACAAUCAUUUUGGGCAUGGAUGUUUCCCAUGGAUCUCCUGGGCAUUCGGAUAUUCCUUCUAUUGCUGCGGUUGUAAGCUCAAGGCAAUGGCCAUCUAUUUCACGCUAUAGAGCUUCUGUGCGAACACAAUCUCCCAAGGUUGAAAUGAUAGACUCACUUUUUAAGCCUGUAGGAGAGAAAGAUGACAGUGGCAUAAUUCGGGAGCUGCUGGUUGAUUUCUACACCAGUUCAGGAAAAAGAAAACCAGAAAACAUUAUCAUUUUCAGGGAUGGUGUUAGUGAAUCACAGUUUAUUCAGGUCCUCAACAUUGAAUUGGAUCAGAUUAUUGAGGCCUGCAAGUUUCUUGAUGAACAGUGGUCGCCAAAGUUUACAUUAAUAAUUGCCCAAAAAAAUCAUCAUACCAAGUUUUUCCUUCCAAACUCGCCUGACAAUGUCCAACCUGGGACGGUUAUUGAUAACAAAAUUUGUCAUCCAAGGAAUUAUGACUUUUACAUGUGCGCUCAUGCCGGCAUGAUUGGCACAACCCGGCCCACUCAUUACCAUGUGCUAAUGGAUGAGAUUGGGUUUUCUGCCGAUGCCCUGCAGGAGCUUGUUCAUUCGCUUUCUUAUGUAUAUCAGAGGAGCACAACUGCAAUAUCUGUUGUUGCACCCAUCUGUUAUGCUCACUUGGCUGCUGCUCAAAUUGGGCAAUUUGUGAAAUUUGAAGAUUUAUCUGAUUCGUCAUCCAGCCAAGGUGGACAGCAGCAUACUGCACCUGGAGCAGUUCCUGUCCCGGAACUACCUCGUUUACAUGAGAAUGUGUCUAGCUCCAUGUUCUUCUGUUGAUAUGGACCGUCUCUUAGUCGGCUCUAAGUAUAAUUUGGGUGAAUUUUUGUUUUAUGGAAUGGUUGACCUUCUUGGUCGUGGGGACAGACAAUCACAAGGCUGACUUAAGGUCCUACGUGGAACCUCUUAGUUUAAUAUUUGGUAUGUAUGUUGGUCGACUCAAGUAGUUCUAACCUGGCUUUAAUUCUACCUUGUUAUCAUCA